GAACUGGAACGGCGUAAGGAGGCAAAACAAGUUGCGUUAUUCACUGCACUGGAUGUGGACUCAGAUGGAAAAAUAACGAUCGUUGAAAUGAAAACAUUCAAGGAGUUUGAUUCGGAUAAUAAUGGUGAAGUGAGUGAUGACGAAGCAAAGGUGAGUAUGUUGGUAUUGGCUGUUCGAGAAUGUGAGAUAAGGAAGAGUUAUGCAUGUGAUCGAUUCGCGGCUGAACCUGGAGAUAUUUUCUGA